AUGGUAAAAAUCAAAGAAAUCAAAAAGAGACAAAAUAACCUAAAUGCUUGUAAACUAGCUUUAACUGGAGGAACAAAGGGGCAAUUAUUAUGUUGUGAAGAUAAUAGUACUGCUUGUCUUGCUACCCCUCCCUCUUGUUCUUCAACUAAUAAAUUAUGGCAGUGCUGGGAUAUCAGAGGGUUUGAUCCUUGCAUUGCCAGAACAGAUGCUCCGGCAGUUUGUUCGCAUCAAGAUGGUAUAUAUUGUCUUAAAGGAAAAACAGACCUGCCAUAUAAUCAAAAUCUAGAAA